CUUCCUGUGUGACCUUUAUAUGCACAGAGAGUGUGUUUGUAAUCCUGGCAGCCAUGAAGAAAGUACUGGCUGCUGUUGUUGCUGCCUUUGCAGCUUUCAUUGGAUACAAAUUCCUUAAACUAAAUGAAAUGAUGCUUGCUUCAAGGGAAAUGCCUGUGAAACACCUCAACUGUCAAUAUUUGAAGAAUAUUGAAUAUGGGGCAGAGGAUAUCACAAUACUGAAAGACGGUCUGGCCUUUCUAAGCACAGGGUUGAAAUAUCCUGGACUUCCUUCGUUCUCCGAUGAACCAGGGAAGAUUUACAUUUUAGAUUUGCUGCACCCGAAGCCAACUCCAGUCGAGCUGCAGAUCAAAGGAGAGCUGGACCUAAACUCUUUCAACCCACAUGGCAUUAGUGUAUACACUGAUGAAGCAGAUGACUCUGUUUACCUGUUUGUUGUCAAUCACCCGGAACACAAAAGCCAAGUUGAGAUCUUUCAUCUUGUUCAGGAAGACACACUUGUGCACUUAAAAACGAUAGCCCACCCCCUACUCCACAGGUGUGUACUGUACGAUCAAUCUUUAACAGUAUCACACCUUUUACAUUUGACAAUCUAUAAGCGUUUUAUCUCAUUAAUUGUGUCUUUCAGUGUAAAUGACAUUCUUGCAGUCGGAAAAGAGAGCUUCUACGCCACAAAUGAUCACUACUUUGCCAGUGAUGUGCUCCACUUUUUGACUCUCAUCCUGGAUUACCCCAUGUGUGAGGUGGUCUAUUACAGCCCUGAGGAAGUGAGGGUGGCAGCCAAUGGCUUUCUGUCUGCAAAUGGCAUCAACAUAUCACCUGACAAACGUUAUAUUUAUGUUUCAGAUAUUGUUGGCCAUGACAUCAAGGUGUAUGAAAGACAACAAGGGGAACAAUUAAGGUUUCUAAAGUCUGUAGCUGUUGGGUCACUGUGUGAUAACAUCGAGGUGGACCACAGAACAGGUGACAUUUGGCUUGGUUGUCAUCCAAAUGGCCAGAAGUUGGUGAAGUAUGACCCUGAAGAUUUGGCCGGCUCUGAGGUCAUCCGGAUCAAGAACAUUCUCUCAGAGAAACCAGUGAUGAGCCUGGAGUACGGUGAUGACGGCCAUGUGCUCGUCGCCUCCACUGUAGCAGCUCCCUUUGAGGGAAAGUUGCUAAUUGGAUCUAUUUUCCACAAAGCCCUGUAUUGUGAUUUAAAAUAAUCUGUCUACUUUGUAUCUAAUGAUUUUUAAGGAAAUUAAUGUUGUAAGAAAGGAUUUGGAUGGACAUGGGAUACAAAAAUAAAAUCUUGAUUCACAAUU